AUGGGAUCUUUGCAAUCACCAGAUGGGGAAAAACAGCCAAAAAGCUCCCUGUUGUUGGAGAAUUCAUGUGGAUAUUUGCUUCAGGAAUUACAGAUGAUAUGGGAUGAAGUUGGAGAAGAUCAAUUUGAGAGGGAAAAAGUUCUAUUGGAUAUCGAACAGGAAUGCCUGGAAGUUUACCGCAGAAAAGUUGACAAUGCUAACAUUUCAAGAGCCAGGUUGCAUCAAGAACUGGCUGAUGCUCAGGCAGAGUUUACUCAUCUCCUACUGUCACUUGGCGAAAGGUCACUCCCAAUGAGGCCAGAGAAAAUGACUGGAACAUUGAAGGAGCAGCUCAAUUCAAUUAGUCCAGCUCUAAGAGAGAUGCAGUUGAGAAAGGAUGAAAGGGUCAAACAAUUCCGAGCUGUACAGUCACAAGUUCAAAAGAUCUCAGCAGAAAUAGCAGGUCGAUCAGAAUACAAUGACACAUCCUCAACUGUUGUAGUAAAUGAAAGUGAUCUUUCACUUAAGAAGCUAGAAGAAUACCAGAACGAGCUUCAGAGACUUCACAAUGAAAAGAGUGACAGGCUCCAAAGGGUUGAAAAAUACAUGAGCACAAUUCAAAAUCUGUCAGCCACACUUGGUAUGGAUUCAUCCAUGAUUAUCACAAAGGUUCAUCCUAGCUUGAAUGCAUUGUCUGGCCUUUCAAAGAAUAUAGGUGAUGCCAUCUUGGCAAAACUACACAGCACAGUGGAAUCACUGGAAACAGAAAAGCAAAAACGGCUAGAAAAGCUUCAACAACUAGGGAAAACACUGAUAGACUUAUGGAAUCUAAUGGAUACUCCCUAUCAAGACCGUGAACGUUUUUCACAUGUCACUAGUUUAUCUUCUGUUUCCUCAUCUGACCUAUGCAGUCCUGGAAGCCUCACCCUCGACAUAAUCCAGAAGGCCGAGGUCGAAGUCAAUCGGCUAGAUCAAUUAAAAGCAAGCAAGAUGAAAGAGCUUUUCCUCAGAAAACAACUUGAACUUGAAGAGAUAUGCAAUCAAUCACACAUGGAAAUCCCUUCAAGAUCAGAGAUGGAGAAUAUGAUGAAGCUCAUAAAUUCAGGAGAGAUUGAUCAUGCUUAUCUCCUGAUGAGCAUGGAUGCGCAGAUAUCUAAGGCAGAAGAAGAAGCCUCUAGUCGGAAGCCAAUAAUGGAAAAAGUAGAAAAAUGGAUAUUAGCAAGUGAAGAGGAACGGUGGUUAGAAGAAUAUAACAGGGAUGAGAACCGAUACUCAGUAAGCAGAGGUGCUCACAAGAAUCUGAAAAGAGCCGAACGUGCCAGAUUGAUGGUUAACAAAAUACCAGCCCUCGUAGAUCUGCUCAUAGCUAAGACUAAGGACUGGGAAGAAGAAAGGAAGAAAAUGUUUCUAUAUGAUGAGGUUCCACUACUGGCAAUGUUGGAAGAGUAUAACAACCUGAGAAAGGAAAAAGAUGAGGAAAAACUCAGGCAGAGGGAAAAAAAGAAGAUACAAAGCCAAGUAAAUGCAGAUCAAGGGAAUGCAUUUGGGCCAAGGCCAAGUACUGCCAGCAGGCGUUUCUCAGAUGGAGGUUUUGGCUAUGAAAGUCCAGCAAAUACCAGAAGGCUUUCAACAAAUUCACAACUUUCUGGCCAAGGACCUAACACCUUGACAAUUUCCACAGUUCAUGCAAACAACAUACCUUUCAACAGAGGAGUGAAAAAACCGCUUAGAGGACAGAGAACAUUUUCUCGAAACGGAUUCGCGUCCCAUUUAAGAGAUGAUACAGCUUCAGUAGUCUCCUCCUUUUCUGGACCAAGAUCUCCAUAG